UGAGGCUGUUCUGAAGUCCCACAGUGGUGAAGGCUCUGGAUGAGGGAGACAGAAGGUGGAGUGUAGGAUACACACGGUACAGACACAGUGGCUCUGCGGUGCUGGUUCUCCUCGGCCCGGCGGCUGUCUUUAGAGGUUGUGGACCUCUGUACGGGGUAAACUACCAUCUGGACCACAGCACGGGGAGAGGAGAGGCGAGCAGAGCCGUGUGGAAUGACAGAGGAAUAAAAGAGACCACUAAUAGCUCUAAAAGGGGGGCGACAUCGCAAACCCAGGAGGACACAGACCCCGGCCAGACGAUUCAGAUACAGAGAAGGAGGAUCUCAGGGGGAGGCUGAUCAGAAACACCGGAGAGGAGAAGCAUUAUCACUUGGCAGGCAUGGCAGAUGCAGAGCUGGACUUCCAGACCGGUGAUGCUGGGGCAUCCUCCACCUACCCCAUGCAGUGCUCUGCCCUGCGCAAAAAUGGUUUUGUGGUGCUGAAAGGCCGACCCUGCAAGAUUGUUGAGAUGUCCACCUCCAAGACUGGCAAGCACGGCCACGCUAAGGUUCACUUGGUUGGCAUUGACAUCUUCUCUGGUAAGAAGUAUGAAGAUAUUUGUCCCUCCACCCACAACAUGGACGUACCUAACAUCAAGCGAAUGGAUUACCAGCUGAUUGGGAUCCAGGAUGGCUACCUGUCCCUUCUCCAAGACAGUGGAGAAGUGAGAGAGGACCUGAAGAUUCCUGAGGGAGACCUGGGAAAAGAGAUCGAGAGCAAGCACGAAGCCGGAGAGGAGAUCCUGAUCACCGUUCUAAAUGCAAUGGAAGAAGAAGCUGCAAUCGGCAUCAAAGCCUUGGGUAAAUAAGCCACUGAAGGGGCAAUCGAGAUGCACUGGACCUGGGGAAAAGGAGGGGAUAUUGCCUCGUCAAUGCUAUUUUCCCUCUUUUUGUCUUUGUUUUUCAUAUUCUCUCUCCCCCUCACUCUGUUUUCUGAUUCUCCUCUGGGCUCGAUUAGAGAAUUUUAAUAAAUAAUUGGAAAUAUUAAACAGUAAAGAAAACAUUCUCUAUGUACUUGCACACAUAAGAAACCCACAUCUGAGUCUGGACAUACAGAUGUAUAAGGCAUGUAGUGGAAGGUCUGACUAAGGAUUGAGGAGGUCUACAAAUAUUCUGUAGCUGCCUACCUUCAGGGCAAGCUGUUGAUAAUGUCACAACUGCUUUUUUUAAAUUAUAAAUAUAUAUAUAUAUAUACGUUCCCGAUUUAUCAAGGGCUUCAACUCUAGAUCUGCAUUGUUCUGUUGAGGCUUGUUCAGCUUGUCCCAUACACGACUGAAUACAUGAUUUUGUAUUUCUGUACAGCACUAUUCUUUCAGCGGUUGAUCUGAACAAGCCCCCUUGCUUCUGCUGUUUAUCACCCGAAACUUGUCUAUUAAACAAAAGGCUACCAACAUGGCACACCAAGGUGCAGUUUCUGUUUGUCUUCAGGCUUUUUAAAAAAGCGUCAAAGAGAAACAACGCCCUGCUCAAGAACAUACAAAUUCUGUUUUACAAGCAAACUUUUUCGCAAAGCCUCUUGACAUCGGGCCCCCCGAAAACAGAGCUGUUUGGAGAAAAAAAACUGGAGGAUUAUUUGGUGUCCGAGCAGUGAUCCAGGAGGCAGACACGUUGUGGCAGUUUGGUAUCCUUACUUUGUGUUCAUACGGCCAGUCCAAACUGUGCAGAAUGUCUCCAUCGCCAAAACAAAUAAAGGUGACACAAGCUGUUGAA